AUGGCGGCGCUACCGGUAACAACGGAGGGUUCUGUUGAGCUUCCACUGGAGGACUUGAACCCAGACUUGCAGAAACCCCUGGACAGUGACUCUGACAGUGGCCAGGGCAGCUGUGAGACAGCAUCCCCAGGGCCCCUUGGCAAGAGCACAGCAUCCUUCGAGGACAGAGAUUCAGAAGAAGAAAUUUUUGUGCGUAAAAAAGCAAAAAACCAGAAAGUGCUUGAGGACAGUGAGAGUGAAGAGGAAGAGGAUGGAGGCUCAGCUGUGCAGGAGGAUGCUUUGGGUGGAGACAAGGAAAAUGGGGAGGAAAAGGAGAACAUUGCUGCUGAAAAGAAGAAAAAAUCCCACCGGAUCCUCCCAGCUCUGCUGGACAGUGAUGACAGUGACACUGGGGACCCACUGCAGAUUGAAAACCUUGAAACAGGCAGGAGCUCUGCCUUGCCUGAGGGUGAGCUGGGAGGGGAGAGACCCCUAAAAUCUGGGAAAAAGUACAGAAAGCAUAAACAUAAACAUGAUAUUGAAGAGGAGCCAGCAAAAGAAGCUGUAGCAAAAUCCAGGAGGAGAAAGGACAAGGAGAAAAUAAUGGAGUCAAUUAAACAGCUGAGGAAAGAAAAGAAGCCUGUGGCAGAGGUGGAUGGUGGUGAGAGGCUUCCCUUCAAUGACAGUGGAUGUCUUCUGGAUGACAAGGACCUCUUUGAUAAUGGCUUGGAAGAGGAGGAUGAUCAAGCCCUUGAGGAUGAAGAGUCCCUAGAAUCCAUACGAGCAGCUGUGAAAAACAAAAUAAAACACUACAAGAACAAAGAACGUUUUCCUGACAGUGAGGGCUACAAACAUGUAUUUGAUGAGGAGAAUGAGGAGCCUGUAUUAAAGGAGCCAAAAAGGAAGGAGCGGAAAGCAGCACGGUUGAGUAAAGAAGCCAUUAAACAACUACACAGUGAGACCCAACGACUUCUUAGAGAAUCAUCUGUGUCUCUCCCAUAUCACGUGCCUGAGGCCAAAAGUAUUCAUGACUUCUUCAAGAGCAGACCUCGACCAGCAUGUCAAGGAAAUGCCAUGGCCCUGCUGAAGUCCUCUAAAUACCAGCUGACCCUAAAUGAAGAACCUGCAGCUGUUGGGAGCUUGAGCAAGGGUGGCAAAGAUGGGCCAAUGGAAGGUGAUCAAUCAGCAGCUGCUGAACCAGAAAUGAGCCUGGGCAGAGAUGUUGAUGCUUCUGUGACUGAGCCUCUUGCUGCUGAAGGGAGGAACUUGCCAGAGGACUGUGCUGAGCAGCCCAGGCAGGACAGGGAGGAUUCUCAUGCAGUUACAGAGUCUGUAACUGAUGAUAACACAAAGGAACAGCAGCUCUCCAACUGCCUGAGCACUGACUGUGAUGAGCAAAAGGAGAGUGAAAUUCCUCCAGCAUCUGGAGAUGCCCUCAUGGAAAGAGAGGAAAGAGCACCAGGUGUACAAGGGGAAACAAAAACUCCACAAGGGGGGCCUGGGCUGGUGGCACAGCCUGAAAAAGUGAGGAAAUCCAAGCUGGAUAAACUUCGUGAACUGGGAAUAGACCUGUCCAUCCAGCCAAGAAUCUGCUCUGACAAGGAAUCCUUCAUAAACCUCGAUGAAGCUGAUUCAAAUAAAGAACUAGAAGCCCUGAAAGCACGUUUCUUGAAGCACACUCUCCAGACAUCGAAAUCCAAAGGCGAACGGGCCAUAAAUAUGAACAUUAUCCGUAAGGAAACAACAUCUGAUGGGAAGGAGGAGCUGAGAGCAGAUGUGGUGCCAGCAGUUUUGGCUGCAGAGAGCCUGGAGGAAGCAGUCUACAAAAAGCCAGGUGAAAAGCUGCAGGCCCUGAAGGCCAAGCUGCAGGAGGCCAUGAAGCUCCGCAGGACCGAGGAGCGGCAGAAGCGGCACGCGCUGUUUAAGCUGGACAAUGAGGAGAUGCUGGAGGAGGAGGAGGAGGAGGAGGAGGAAGAGAUGACAGAUGAGUCUGAAGAGGAAGAAGAAGAAGAAGAAGAAGGUGAUCAUGAGAAUUCAGAAUUUCUCCUUGAUGAAGCAGAGGAAGAUAAUGAAGAUACAGAAGAGAAACACACCGAAGAUGGUGAUAAAGAAAGUGACAAAGAAUCCAUUGAUGGAGAGAAGCUGGAGAAAUCUGAACAUGGUGAUUCUGUUCUAAAACAUCCUUCAACAGAGUCUACAUUGAUGCUUUUUAAGGACAGCUCCUCAAAAAUGGGAUAUUCUCUUCCUGAUGAAAAACUGGAAAUGGAAGAAACUGUAGACAAAGGACCUAACAAGUUAGAGGAUGAUGAUUCAUUUUCUCUACCAGCACUGCCAAAGGAGAACAGCCACAACAGCAGCUUUGAGUUCAUUGGCUCCAUGAUCCCAUCCUACCAGCCCUGUAACAAGCAGGCCUCGAGGGGAGGGAGCUUCUUCCCUGCAGCAGGGGGGUUCAGGUCACCCUCCCCAGGAUUCUUCAAAACAAGUUUUAUCAGCUCUGCUUCCAAGAGCUCAGGAAAGACCUCUGAGCCUUCUCUUCCCAUAGAAGAUUCCCAGGACCUCUAUAAUGCCUCUCCUGAGCCCAAGAGUUUAUUUCCAGGGGCUGGGGAGUCAAGAUUUCAGUUUUCCCUGGAAGAUGACACUCAAAGCCAGCUGCUUGAUGCAGAUGGGUUCUUGAAUGUUGGACAACACAGGAACAAAUACCAAUCCUCAAAGCAUCAGCUGCCACUGGCCAGCAUGGAUGAGAAUGCCAUGGAUGCCAACAUGGAUGAGUUACUGGACCUGUGUUCUGGACAGUUCAGCAGCCAAGCUGAGCACGUGCCAAACACCAGCAGCACCAAAAAGCAGAACAUGGAGGAGCUGCUUAAUCUUUGUUCAGGGAAAUUCGUGUCUCAGACAGGUUCUCCAACAUGGGCUUCUUCAGUGUCUUCCAAGGCAGAAAAAGACAGUGACAUAGAGGAUCCAAUGGCAGAGGCUCUGGAGCUCUGCUCAGGCUCCUUUCCCACAGACAGGGAAGAGGAAGAAGAGGAGGAACAAGAAGAACUUGGUGGUUUUCAGCUUUUAACAGAUGAUGAGGCCUGUGCAAGUGAAGAGGAUGAAAAAGGUGAAGAUAGUGCUGCUGAAGAAGCAGAAGCGAGUGAUGAAGAAGAAGAACUGCUGAGGCAUAGACCAGGCUUAAAGAAAAAACUAAAACUGCAAGAUUUCAUGGAAGAGGAGGCAGAGCUGUCGGGGAGUGAUGUGGGAAGUGAGGAUGAGUAUGACGGUGAAGACCUGAACGAAUACGAAGAAGAGAUUAUCGACGAGGAGCUCCCAAACGACGCAGAAUUAGGAAACCAAAUACAGAAAUUCCACAUGAAGGCCAUGCUGGACGAUGACAAGCGGCAGCUCCGCCUGUACCAGGAGCGGUACCUGCUGGAUGGGGACCUGCACAGCGACGGCCCAGGCAGGACCAGGAGGUUCAGAUGGAAAAACAUAGAUUUUGCUUCACAGAUGGACUUGUUUCAGAGAGAUUCAGAUAACGAGGAGGAGAAUGAAGAGUUUGAUGAGACAGAAGUGAAGUGGAGGAAGGAGCGAUUUGAGCGAGAGCAGUGGCUCCGUGAGCAGAAGGAAAAAAACAAAGAGCAGGAGGAAGAGGAAGAAAUUGGUGGAGACAGCGAAUUCAUGAAGCUGGCAAAAAAGGUGACUGCCAAAUCCCUGCAGAAGAAAGCCAGCCCAGCAGUGGUGGCACAAGGCUCAGCUCUGUUACCCAGGAACCCAUUUGAAGCCUUCAGACCUGCCAGUGACAUCCAGAUAAAAAAUGGGUCACUCUUGAACAGACCUAAAGCUGUCCUUCAGAAGCUGGCAGCAAUGUCAGAUCUUAAUCCAAAUGCCCCUCGAAAUUCAAGGAAUUUUGUCUUCCAUACACUUUCACCAGAGAAGAGUGAAGAGGCAAAGGAGAAAUCAAAACCUCAGGUGAAGAAGAGAGGCCCUUCUGCAGUGAUAACAUCAGCAGCAAAGCGGCCCAGGGUAGAGAGCUCAGAGGAAUCCAGUCAAAGCAGAAGCAUUUUCCAGUAUUUGGAGAGCUGAAUAUUCCUGCUUGGAGCCAGAGAUUGUCUCCCCUUUGCCAGCUGCAGUUUAUUUUGCCAAUCUGCCAGAAAU